GAGUAGCACUUGCAUUUCUCACAGUUCUUUCUUAUAUACAAUUAGGUUGCAUGAUAGUUCCUAUUUGUACGACCAACUAGCUACCACCUGUCUUUACUUUGUCUUUUUUUUUUUUUUUUUCUUUUUCUCUUCUUUUAAGAGUGGUAAUUGUUGAAAGAAGUGUUGUUAAUUAAGAAUGGAUUUCGACUUAUCCCCAAACUGUCCCCAGAAGACAUUAUUUGAUGGAGAAGGUGGCUCAUACAAGGCUUGGUCAAGUUCUGAUUUAGCUACUGCAAAAGUUGGUGGAGGAGAGCUUGUUCUCAAGCCUCGUGGUUUUGCUCUUCCCCAUUAUGCAGAUUCUUCCAAAUUUGGUUAUGUUCUUCAAGGUACAGAAGGAAUUGUCGGCAUGGUGCUCCCCAACACAUCAAAAGAGGUGGUGUUAAGGCUAAAGAAAGGAGAUGUGAUACCAGUCCCACUAGGAGGUUCCUCAUGGUGGUACAACAAUGGAGAUUCAGACUUCGUAAUAGUUUUCUUAGGAGAAACUUCCAAGGCCUUUGUUCCAGGAGAAUUCACCUACUUCUUGUUAUCCGGAACUGUAGGUCUUGUAGGAGGAUUCUCAUCUGAAUUUACGCGUCAAGCUUACAAUCUGAAUGAGAAAGAAGCAAACAAGCUUGCAAAAAAUCAAACUGGCAUGCUGAUCAUUAAGCUAGAAGAAGGUAUUCGCAUGCCAAAUCCCCAUGACAAGGACUUCCUUGACAAAAUGCUCUACAACAUUGAUGCUGCACCAGCUGAUCUUGAGGUCCCAAGGGCUGGUGUUUUCAAGACUCUGACAGCAGCUAAAUUACAGUGUCUUGAGCAAGUGGGUCUUAGUGUUAGCCUUGUGAAAUUGAGUGCCAAUGCUAUGUACUCACCAACUUGCACUGCCAAUGGAUCAACUCGACUUAUUUAUGUUGCUGAAGGAAGUGGCAAAGUACAGAUGGUUGGCAUCAAUGGUACGCUAGUCUUGGACACCAAAAUAGAGGCUGGUCAACUGUUUCUGGUGCCAAGAUUCUUCACUGUUGCUGAAAUUGCUGGUAGCGAAGGAAUGAAACUUCUAUCUAUGACAAAUUCUACCUGGCCUGUAAUUGAAGAGUUUGCCACUGAGAAAUCAGUGUGGAAUGCUUUGUCUCCUAUAGUUGCACAAGUUGCUCUUAAUGUGACCCCUGAGUUUGAAGAACUCUUCAAAUCCAAUAUCAAUAAGAGCUCCAUUAUUAUCCCACCUUCAAAUUAGAUUUGGAAUUAUGUUAAACGAGGCCUAAAAAUAGUUGUUUUUCUGUAUCCUCUACAUGCAUAUUAUCUAUUAAUUAUUUUCUCAUUUUUCUUUUCUCUAUUAUGUCUUAUAAAUAAUAAAUAAGUUGUAUGAAAGCGAAUAUCUAUGUACUCUAAUUUUCAUUAAAUAAGAAGAAGAAUUAUUCUGUGGACUUA